AUGGAUUGGCAACGCAGACUCAUGGAAUAUCAUCACACGCUCACAGACGAUCAGCAAAUUUUCGUCGACAUCAUCGAAAUGGACACAACUCAAAGACUUGCACAUUUCCGCGAAACGUUCACUCCGGAAGAAAAUGCCUUUUGCAGCAUUUUGACGACGAUGCAAGAAUAUGCAAAAAUUCGAUUGCACGUACCCGACUCCCAGCGAGAAGAAAUCAAUCAGCAAUGCCUGUCAGUUAUCACGCCUUUCUUCGACCGCCUCGAUUUCCUUUUCAUUGGUUUUGAUUUUUACAUGUGGCGAUUUGAAUCGCUCGAAAAUAAACUAGAAGAAAUUAUGAUUGAAAACGAGCGCGAGCAGGAAAGAGCCGAGCUUAUCAUUACAAUCAUGAAGGAUCUUCGCGAAUUGUUGCAACCGGAUGUGGGCUAUGAAACUGAUGGUUAG